UUCAGAAGGCACAGGGCUUCUGCAGUGUUAUUCUAUCAUACUGCACGUGUUCAGCAGUACAACAGCUAUCUGCCUCACGUCUCACCUAUCUGUGCUUCUGUGAUGAAUCAGUUUAUCAAAGCCGAUAGCAGACAUGGUUAUUUAUCCAUUCAUUUCAGUACUAGCAGUCUGCAAUGGAAGACAGCCCUUCUGUGAGGGUAACUAGAAGCAGAACGAGAAGGAUUUCCCAUACACAAGUCAUUUCUGAAUCUCAGAAGGCAGAUAUGAAAACUUCUGAGACAAAAUUGGAUGCAGAAGAGCCUUCAGAAAAGUGCACAGUCUUGAGUAAAGGUAAAGCUGAGUCCCUGGCAGAAUCGCAAAUUGAUGGAGAUGUUUCAGAAGCAGAAUCAACCUGUUCUUCGGUAUCCGGUCUUCAGACACCAUUAUUUAUACGAAUAACCAGGAGGCGGCAAAUUGUAAUUCCUUCUACCCCAGAGACUUCAGCUAAAAACAGGCCAAGCAAAAAAAAUGUUACAAACGAAAGUAGUAAUUGCCAAGAUCAUGAUGACAUUUCUGAAGCAGAGUCAUGCUCUUCUGUUGUAUCAGGAACAAGGACCCAAAAAAGUGUGAGAAGGUCUAGGCGCCAACAGGUCAAGGGUAAUGUGUCGCCCGUGUGUGAGGUUCAAGCUGAAGAGGUUUCUGAUGCUGAAUCGUGGUACUCAGGUGUUUCCUUUGAAAAUGCUGGCCCAUUUAAACGAGUGACCAGGAGUAUGGGCUUGAGAUUGCAAGCAGAAUCAACCUCCCAGACUGAAAGAAAAAGCAAUGCGUUAGGAGAGGAUACGGAAGCACCUGAGUGUAUAAUUACAUCUGAGACAAUAGUAAUCUCUGAUUCGGAGGAAUCCACCGUGUCUGAUUUAAAUGCCAAAGAAGCACCUUCUCUUUCUUCAAACUGGAUAAAAGAGCAUCGUAGCCCCAAUAAAACAAAGUGUCUUUCUGAAUCUGUUGCCAGUAAUGAUCUGGAACAGAUUUUCUCAAGCAGUACUGAGGAAGUAACAAGGGAAGAUAAUAAAAACAUGCCUGUGCAGGAGAUAUUAAAGAACAAUGAUGAUGAAUUGGAGCAUUCAAAACAAACAGCAGUGGAUACAAUUGAAAUACAUGAUCAAUCUUCAGAAAAACCCAUACAGGUAUCUGAAAAUCAGUUGCCUUCAGAUAAUUCAGGAAGAUCUCCACGUGAUCCAAAAAAACUUGAACAAUCUCAUGAGUCUCCAGGAAAAGCAACAGUGAAUGAAAACAAGAGGUUAUCACCCCAAAAUGUUAGACAGAGCUGUUUACAUAAAAUAGAAGAAAUAAUAGAUAAUGAUGACAUUUCUGAAGUAAGUAGACCCACCAACAAAAUGAUCACAUCACAGACUGUUAAUAGGGAUGACUGCAGACCUUCAAGCAUAGAUAAUGAUGGACGCCUAGAAGAAGUAAUUGCUGAAUCCUCUUCAUGUGCAACCAAAGCCAGGGGAGAUAAGAAAGACCUCUUUACGUCUCUUCUUACGAGUGAAGAAUCUGAAAAUAAUAACUUAGAAAAACUGAAAAACAGCGAAAUAGCCACUGGAGACUUUGAAGGAAGUAGUGAAAGCUCCCUGGGAGAAAAUCAGUCAAACAGUCAAGAGCUGUUUGUCAUUGAUAAAACUCCUGGCUUAGAUUCUCACAAAGAUUAUUAUUUUGAGGAAAAACAAAGUGAAGACUCAUCAGAGGUAGAAGAAAGUGAAGAAGAGUUCAUAGAUGAGGAUGAAGAUGAAUUAAAUGCAAACAGUGGAUUAGUAUCAUUUUCAAGCAGUAUUGAUCCUGGCCUAAACAUUAAACAGUUUGGAGGUUUAUAUAUUAAUUUUGACUCAGGAAAGCAGAAGUCUGGAUCCCAUGAAGUUGCACCACUGAAAGAGAAAAAAAGAGAUGAGCUUUUGCAGAAGAGUAUUAUAACGCCCGAUUUUGAGAAAAAGGAAUGUGUUCCACCUUUAAGAGAAUCAAUCCAUCAGCUAAAGAAGCAACGUAGGAUUGAGCGAGCAAAAACAACGGGUGAUGGUUGGUUUGGUAUGAAAGCUCCAGAAAUGACGGAGGAGUUGAAAAACGACCUUAAGGCUCUGAAGAUGAGAGCCGCCAUCGAUCCUAAACGGUUCUACAAAAAGAACGACAGGAAAGGUCUUCCCAGGCAUUUCCAGGUUGGAACUAUUGUGGAUUCUCCAGCAGAUUUCUAUCAUGCUCGUAUUCCCAAGAAAGAAAGGAAGAAAACAAUUGUGGAUGAACUUCUAACUGAUUCAGAGUUUAGACGAUACAAUAAAAGGAAGUACCAAGACAUAAUGGCUGAGAAAGAGGCCCUUGCAGCAGGAAAGAAAAAUCGGAAGAAGAAGAAAUUUCACAAGUAGAUUUUGACAGGAAAAUGCUUGAACUUAGCUUUCAUGAGUUGAAAUUUAUGCACAAAUUUAUGAGUUGAAAUUUUGCACAAAUGAUCAGCUAAGAUUGAUCACAUUAACAGCAAGGAGACAAGAAAAAGCAUAGGGCUUUUUCCAAAAAGAGUUUGGAACUGAAUGUGAAAACCUAUGUUAAGUACUGAUGAAAACAUGCAGCAGAGAGGAUGACGUUAAAAUGUUUAGAAGAAACAAACUAGUUUUAAAUCAAACACUCAAUUUAAAGUAAAUUGGCAAUGAGUGUAACUUUAAAAAAAUAUAAAGUUAUAUUUGAAAUAUGGCUGCUGUAUAAGUAUAUCUUUG